CAGGUUUACAAGAUGGCGCACAGUCGGGCUCGAGUUUUCGCCUCUCUGAUCCCGGCUGCCGGCGCCGUUAGCGGUGAUGUGAAUGAGCCGGAGCUAAAGCGGGAUGUGCAGGCGGGGUGUAGCGGGUGCAGGCGGCGUGCUGGCGGCGGGAGGCAGGUGGAGGUGACGGGCAGCGCGGAGGUGUGUGUGCCGCCUGACCGGGCCGCUCUCACCGUCUCCGUGUGCAGCAGUAAGGAGAGCGCGAAGGACGCGGCGGACAGCGUGCAGCGCAGACUGGACUACAUCCUACACACCGGCCGCCAGCAUGGACUCAGGGAGGAGGACAUCAGUGUGAUAAAGCACUUGCAGAGAGAGGAAGAGCUGUAUCACAUGCAGGCAGAGGUGAUCAUGGUGUUUUCAGAGUUCGUGAAGAUGGAGUCUGUUCGCUCGGUGCUAAUUGAAAAGCUGGACAGAAGCGUGUGUGUUGGAGAUGCACGUUUCUCCCACAGCUCAGAAAGCCUCAGUGUGUUACGAAGGCGUGUGUGUGCAGCAGCCGUGGAAAACGCUCGCCUUAAAGCGCACGAGGUGUGCAACCUGCUAGGGCAGGGUUUAGGACGGCCCCUGUUGGUACGGGAGGAGGAGUCCCGGGAGUGGAAGUCUGGGCAGCAAGAGGGCGUGGCCAGCACUCAGACUCUACAAGAGAGGGUGGGCCAGGUGUCCAUCACCGCAUCAUCGCAGGUGUUUGUGACGUUUGAGCUGCGGCCCAAAAACAGUACGAGGAAAAGAUUAUGAAGACCGGCCCGGAUUAUUUAAUACAGUUAAAAUCCUGUAAGUGACUGCUGUGGGUCAGGGGCCAACAGAUUGCCAACUUCUCAACCUGUUGAAAUGGCACAUCUCCACAUUUGGAUUAGCCAGACUUGAAACAACAGCAGAGUUACUGUUUUCACUCAAAAGUGUUUUUAUUCCUUUUAUACAGCAAUAUUUUGUCAAAUUAUAAAUGUAUAAUGUUUUAAUAAAAAGGCCAGUA